CUCGAAUUUGCCCCUACAACUGUGGAGCAAGUCUUGCGGUUGAUGGAUACAUGUCUUCUUGUACAGAGACAGACGUCAUUGGAGGUAGUGCAUCAGAUAAAAGGAUGUGGUGGCAAGUAGACCUUGGUGAUACCUACAGUAUAAAAAGCAUCAACAUAGCGUUCAAAUCAUUUGGUGACAAGUAUGUUGAAAGAGACCGAGGACGCGUUGCUGGAUUUUCACUUUUUCUGUCAAACUCCAAGAGUAAAGAAAACGGAUGGAUGUGUUACAAAGACGGACCAGAGUUACCGCCAUUAAACUUCAGUACAGACUGUAUUGGACAUGGCCGUUAUGUCAUCUAUUACAAUGAAAGAAUGGAUGGUGAAACCUAUCCAGAUGGAUACGAAACAAUAUCCUUUAAUUUUCUUUGUGAAGUAAUAGUAAAAGGGUGUCAGGAAAAAGGAGUUUAUGGAAGCGACUGCAAUACCCCCUGUCCGGAAAAUUGCCAAUAUCAGAGAUGUUAUAUUGUUAAUGGAAGCUGUCUUGAAUGUAAAUCUGGAUGGACCGGACAUAUGUGUGCAAGAAGGUGCUUUGAAGGAUGGUUUGGACUGGGUUGUACAAAUAAGUGUGUAGGACAUUGUAUUAACAACGACAACUGUAAUCACAUUUCUGGUAUAUGUGACGGCGGAUGUGCCCCUGGAUGGACUGGGCCUAUGUGUGAUAAAGAAUGUGAAAAUGGGAUGUAUGGUAUAAACUGUGUACACAAUUGCAGUGGAAAUUGUUAUAAUAACUCAAAUUGCAACAAAAUAUCAGGUCACUGUGACACGGGUUGUGGUCCAGGAUACUUUGGUACUUUAUGUGAGAAAUCCUGUGCCCCGGGAAGAUUUGGUAACUUAUGCAAGGAAACUUGCAGCGGUCACUGUGUAAAUAACAUGACAUGUAAUCAUGUUGAUGGAGUCUGCACACAGGGUUGCAAUGACGGUUACAUUGAAGCAAUGUGCAACAAACCGUGUGAGGUGGGCUAUUUUGGGUCCCUAUGUUCUCGGAAAUGUUCGGUAAAUUGCAUCAAUACAUUUGUUUGUAAGAAUACUGAUGGAGCUUGUAGAUGUGCGCCUGGAUGGACAGGGUCACCAAUUUGCAACAUAGGUUUAGUCCACAUUAUUAAAUGUUCCCAAGCAUAUGGCGAAAACUGUCAACUUCCCUGCAGUGAAAACUGUGUGAACCGCACCUGUGACAGAUUCAACGGAAGUUGUUUGACUGAAUGUAUGGGAGGAACUUUUGGAGAAAAAUGUGAUCAAUGGAGAGUAGAAUCAAGUGGCGAUUCAGGACCCCCUCUUACUUCUGUUGUGAUUGUUGGUGUUUUAACAGUUUUCAUCAUCUUUGCUGUCGUCGUUAUCUUCUCUAUACGGCGAAAGAUUGUACGAAACUUCAAAACAAGCAAGAAAUGUUCUGAGAAUAACGGCACUGAAAACAUUGAAGUGGUCUCGGAGUACGUAAAUGAAUAUCAGGAAUUAAGUUCCUCUAGAGAUAACAACGAAUAUCAAAGCAUACGAAUGUCAGAAGUUACUUCAGUUGAACAAAGCAACACAUAUCAGAACCUUGUGUUGACUACAGUGUAGUUUUAUAAACUAUGUUUUACUUCUUUGUAUACAUUAUAGACCAGUAUUUCAAUCAGAAGUCCCAGGGACGAAAGAUUUUGGUUUUUGCAUUUCGUAAAAAUUGAGUUAGUGUACAAUAUAUUUUGUUUCAAAUAAUCUGUCCAACAUCUUAUACCUGAAAAGAAGAAACACCUACUUGAUAAAAAUGAACGACAUAUUGUCAAUUAACAAUUAUAUAGAAAUUUUCAUUCCUAUGUCGAUAGGAUAUAUCCAAGUGAGAUUGAAAUAAAGAUACGACAGAGUUUGACAUAUCUGUUUCAUGUUUUAAAAAAUUACUUGAAAUAGACGUUAAUAGUAAUUUAACAACCAAGCUGUAUGAUAAACAUGAUGACUAACUUUCCAAUCGUAAACUUCCCUUACUUAUACAACAAUCUACGUUCAUCACCUUCAUACGGAGUUUAUUUCUCUCUGUUGAUUUGGUAUGCAAAAGCAUGCUCUUCAAAUGAACAAUUAAUAAUAAUUUCUAAAACGAGGCAAAUUACUGACAAACAAGUUGCUGUAACAUGAAUAUCAGUAGUCUUGUUUAAAGUCAUUAUUUCUUAAGAUCAAUGGUCUAUACAUUGACCUUGUUAGCAAAUACAAUUUAUCUGUAUGUCAAUUUUUGACUGACGGUUUUCAGUCUUAUUGUUAAGCUAUUUCAUACAAAUAGAAUUCUCGACAGAUUUUUUCCGUUAUUUCCUGAUCAUGACAGAGAGGACAAAUCGGGUGCGACUGGUCGGCAGGGGAUGCUCAUGCCUCAGUUGAAAUAGACCCCAUCUCUUAUGUUCUUGUUUGCUGUAUUCAAAUUUUGUAUUGUUUGAUAGUUUUUCACAGCUUUAAUAUAUUGAUAGGUCAAAUUGCAUGCACAUUAAGAGUUUUAAAAAAUAUGUUAAAUUACCUUUGAUUCAUGUAUAAUUUGUUGAUAGACAAAAAAUGUUCCAUAAAUGAAUAUUCUUUGGAACAAAGAUGUUUAUGCAUGAAAAGAUAUGUAUUAGUAAGAUGAUUGUAACAUCGUUUUGUGCUAUGUGUUUUUACGUGUAUUUCUAUUUAUAAAAGAAAAACGUGGCAAAAUCAUGUGACUGUAUUUACAAAAAUGUAAAGCAAGUAGAGUGUAUGUAAUCUUAAUUGCCUACUCAUGAGAUCCCAUUUUAAAUUGUAAUUCAAUUACUUCUUUGUUACUUGUCUACUUCAUUUAUGUUAGCAACGCAUUUUUUUUUCCAUCAAAAUUGUAAGUAAUUAUAUAAUUAAGGACUUUGAGUUAUGUGGCCAAUGCACAAUUUUGAAGUAAGCAAACAUAUGCAUUUUCUUCGACUGUAGCGUUGCAAGGCUAUGACAAAUCUGUUUGAUAUUUUAAACAAAUUCAUGUAUUAAUUCUUCUGUUGUAGAUAUUAUGACCAUCGAUCUUUAUUACUUAC